CGAGGCUAGAGGCAGAGGCUGAGGCAGCGGCUGAGGCUGAGGUAGCUGAGGCUGAGGCGGCGGCGAGGGGCUCCUAGCUGGGGCCGCGGGGCCAACCGAGGCCGCCGCAGCGCCCAGAGCCAGACGCCGGCAGCCCGCGGGCGCAGCGUGAGCGAAGGUGUAAUCUUGUGGUGGGUGCUGAAUUGGCAGAGCCUGUCACCUUGCUGCACAAGAACAGAGUGAAGUGUGUCAGGCUGGACAUGGAGAACCCAAGGUGUGACUAAAGGAAGCUUGUCAACCCAGUGCAUCACGCUUGCUAUUUUAGUGCUGCGGAGCAAUGAGCUCACUUUGCUUGCCCUGAAGGAGUUUUGCCUCAGGAUUUGAGACAAAAUAAAAACUAAACAAAUUUUAAGACAAAAGAGGUCUCCGCCAGUCAAGAAGCCCUCAAAAGUGUUUUACCAUGGAUAUAGAAGAUGAAGAGAAUAUGACCACCUAUCUAGAGUUUUCAUCCCUCAUUAUCAUCAUGGGACCAUCAUUUUUAUUCCAGAAACAUGCCUCUAGUACCGAAAGGAGUAACCUACCGGUCUUUUGCUGGAGGAUGUUAUAAAUGAAAAUUUAGUGCCCAUUCCAUUAGCUUUGUCAGCUGGGAGAAGUGGUGUGUGUGUCAGGAGUCUUCUGGGAAGGGGCGUCUACUGAGAGACCCCUCCCCACCUCACACACGAGGUUUUCCAUGGACUGAGUAUGUCUUGGUAGUCUUUGCUGUGUCAGCUGAAUCAGACUGGCAACAACAACCAAGAUGCCCAUCACAUUAACCCCGCCCGCGGGCUCACUGUGGAACAUUUGCAGCGUUUUCAGAUUACUUGACACAGAAAAUCCACUGGUGUGUCGCAUAGUAGAAACAGACCCCUGAAGCCACCCUGAUUAGGAAUAUUUCCGUCAGUUGAGAUAUACUUUGGAUAAAUCCAAACACUGCACAGACCCAGUGCACAGGACUGUAAAACUGAAGGAUAAAGGGGAAUUAUUCUUUUUUUCAGAAGGCUUAAGAAGCCAGGAAGAACCAAACCCGCCCCAUGUAGAAAGAACAGCCAUUUGCUUGGCGGGAGGGAGCAACAAGGCCAUGGCCCGGGUAGCAUAGUUAAUUCUCUUAACUCUCAACCCCUCUGAGUAAGAACAGGGGUGCACCACCAUGCCUGACAGUUAUUUCCCUUAAAUAUCAAAAUCAUCUUUUAUUUUGCCAUGUAAAGUACAUAUAAAAGGUAUGGUCACCAAGUUAUUCUGGAAGCCUACCAGCUGCUUUUAGGAAGACGGGUUUGCUGGCAUGUUGUGAGAUUUGGACCACAGCUUGCCUGCUGCUCCAGCCGUGUCCUCAUCUUACUUUUUUUUUUUUUAAGCAUAAAAUUUAGCAAAGAUUCUAAAGCAAAUAGUGCAAAAAUAUAAUGAAAAAUCUUCAACAGAUACAUUAUUCUUCAAAAACAAAUUCCAUAAAGUCAUAUAAUACUUUAUUAUGUAAGCAGUUUUCUAUGAUCGAUUCAUAAACUAAACCAAAUAACCACAUGUUGAUCAGAUGUUUGGACCCUCAGUUGGGAAUACACAUCUCUGAAUGGCACCUCCUCUCCUGAGAAGUGCUUUAGUUUAAAAACUGCUGUCUGUUAAGAUCAGUAACCUUGUGAAGGAAAUGCCUGUGUGCUGGUGGACUCAGAAGCCACUUCAUCACUUAGUGUGAGUCUUGUGGAUUAGCUUAACAUGUAACAUCAUGAUAAGCUAGAAGGAUUUAGGAUGUCUAUGGCAGAGAAAAUAGUUUAAAAUGCUUACCUUCUAGUAUAGAAGAAAUUGAUAAACUAAGUAGAAGAGGCAAUAGGUCCAUUAAUUAAAAAGAAAGUUUCAAAGUGCAUUCUAUCCCCGAGCAGUUGCAUCCUUGGUCAAUGUAUAUAGUUCCUCACGUUUGCAUCGAGGAGAGAAACGCACACACACACAUCACUUACCCAGCUACAAAGAGAUAAAGGAAUCUAUAAAUUUUGCAUUUACAAGAUCCUGCAACGAAGGCGUUGUAAGUUACUCUUUCUGGGCACCACAGGUUCCAGCAGCACUGAUAUUAAAGAAAACCGCAAUCUGGACAACAUGCCCCCCAAGGACAGCAGCACACCUGGGCCUGGCGAGGGUAUUCCGCUCUCCAACGGGGGUGGUGGUAGCACCAGCAGGAAGCGGCCCCUGGAGGAGGGCAGCAAUGGCCACUCCAAGUACCGCCUGAAGAAGCGAAGGAAAACACCAGGGCCUGUUCUGCCCAAGAACGCCCUGAUGCAGCUGAACGAGAUCAAACCCGGCUUACAGUACAUGCUGCUGUCCCAGACAGGACCCGUGCAUGCGCCUCUGUUUGUCAUGUCUGUGGAGGUAAACGGGCAGGUCUUUGAGGGCUCUGGCCCUACAAAGAAAAAGGCAAAACUCCAUGCUGCUGAGAAGGCCCUGAGGUCUUUUGUCCAGUUUCCCAACGCCUCCGAGGCCCACCUAGCCAUGGGAAGGACCCUCUCUGUGAACACAGACUUCACGUCUGACCAGGCUGACUUCCCUGACACACUCUUCAAUGGCUUCGAGACUCCAGACAAGUCAGAGCCACCCUUCUACGUAGGCUCCAACGGGGAUGACUCGUUCAGCUCAAGUGGAGACGUCAGCCUAUCAGCCUCCCCAGUGCCUGCCAGCCUUACCCAGCCUCCUCUGCCCAUCCCACCACCAUUCCCACCCCCAAGUGGGAAGAAUCCCGUGAUGAUCUUGAAUGAGCUACGCCCAGGGCUGAAGUAUGACUUCCUCUCUGAGAGUGGGGAGAGCCACGCCAAGAGCUUCGUCAUGUCCGUGGUGGUAGAUGGCCAGUUCUUUGAGGGCUCAGGAAGAAACAAGAAGCUUGCCAAGGCCCGGGCUGCACAGUCUGCCUUGGCUACUGUCUUCAAUUUGCACUUGGACCAAACACCAUCUCGCCAGCCUGUCCUCAGUGAGGGUCUUCAGUUGCAUCUGCCACAGGUAUUGGCAGAUGCUGUCUCCCGCCUGGUCCUGGGUAAGUUCAGUGACCUGACAGACAACUUUUCCUCCCCUCAUGCACGAAGGAAAGUGCUCUCUGGAGUAGUGAUGACCACAGGUACAGAUGUCAAAGAUGCCAAGGUGAUAAGUGUUUCAACAGGGACGAAGUGUAUCAACGGUGAAUACAUGAGCGACCGUGGCCUCGCGCUCAAUGACUGCCACGCAGAGAUAAUCUCCCGAAGGUCCCUGCUCAGGUUUCUUUAUGCACAGCUCGAGCUUUAUUUAAAUAACAAAGAAGACCAGAAAAAGUCCAUAUUUCAGAAGUCAGAGCGGGGUGGGUUCCGGCUGAAGGAUACCGUGCAGUUCCACCUGUACAUCAGCACCUCGCCCUGCGGAGACGCCAGAAUAUUCUCUCCCCACGAGCCCGUGCUAGAGGGUAUGACGCCAGACUCUCACCAGCUGACAGAACCAGCAGAUAGACAUCCGAAUCGCAAAGCAAGGGGACAGCUACGGACGAAAAUAGAGUCUGGCGAGGGGACAAUCCCUGUGCGCUCAAAUGCCAGCAUCCAGACCUGGGACGGGGUGCUGCAGGGGGAACGGCUGCUUACCAUGUCCUGCAGUGACAAGAUAGCACGCUGGAACGUGGUGGGCAUCCAGGGGUCCCUGCUCAGCAUUUUCGUGGAACCCAUCUACUUCUCCAGCAUCAUCUUGGGCAGCCUGUACCACGGGGACCACCUCUCCAGGGCCAUGUACCAGCGGAUCUCCAACAUAGAGGACCUGCCACCGCUCUACACCCUCAACAAGCCCCUGCUCAGCGGCAUCAGCAAUGCAGAGGCACGGCAGCCAGGGAAGGCACCCAACUUCAGUGUCAACUGGACAGUGGGUGACGCCACCAUUGAGGUCAUCAAUGCCACAACAGGGAAGGAUGAGCUCGGCCGCCCAUCCCGCCUGUGUAAGCACGCGCUGUACUGUCGCUGGAUGCGUGUACACGGCAAGGUUCCCCCCCACCUGCUGCGCACCAAGAUCACUAAGCCCACCACAUACCACGAGUCCAAGCUGGCAGCGAGGGAGUACCAGGCUGCCAAGGCCCGUCUGUUCACUGCCUUCAUCAAGGCGGGACUGGGCGCCUGGGUGGAGAAGCCCACAGAGCAGGACCAGUUCUCCUUCACUCCCUGAGCCAGGCGGGUGUCGAGCACAGAGUGCGAGGCUGUGAUGCCGAACUGUCCCCCAGAGCCUUGCAUCUGAACUGGGACAGGUGUGCACCUCGGGGACGGCAUGGGGAGUCUGGGGGAACCACUGGACAUCAAGCAUCAUCCCCGGCGGCUCUCACCCCAAAAGGGCAGCGUGGGGAUGUGUAGGGUGCCGGGCACCUCACUUCUGAGUAGGGAUCGGGUGCACAGUGGGGGUGCAUGGGGGCACAGGGGCCCAUCACCACCCCUCGCCACACAUUUCCCCUCUUGAGCUACCCAGUGACCGCUUUAUAUCUCAGUUUACAUUAGACAUUGAGUUCUACUGAGUAGGGCUUCCUCAAGUAUAGGAAAAUAGAAAUUACUUUGUGUGAGAUUCUUGAAUAAAUAAUUUAUUCAGAGCUAGGAAUGAGAUUUAUAAAAUAAGAAGUAAUUAUGUCAGGUCACUUUUAUGCCACAUUAUUUUAAUUGCAAAAAUUAAAAAAUAAAAGUGUUUCUAUGUGAAAGAGCACGAGAAUAUAGAGGUAGGAAGUAGAAGAGAGCCACCACGCGCACAUCUGUGUGUGGCUCCUCUCCGUAGGUCCUUCACACUUAGGUUCUCACAGUAGGUUUUAACAGCUCUCCUGGGGUGGCCCCAGCAUGAUACAGUGUGACCUUGGCACACAACUGGCCCUGCAUCUGGGAUGCUGUGUCCUAGCGUCACAACCUAGGCUCUGCUGCCCCAGCUGCCUCUAGAAUCUUCCAUGCUCCUGGUUAGGCUCAAAUCAUGGAAAACCCUAUUUGCUUCUAAGUCACUGAAGGUCAAGUCCGUCCAUAGCCUGUCCCGGCUGGCCGUCACGUGGGGGCUCUAACCAUAUAGGUUUUGUGAUCUAGAGGCCCUCAUAGGGCUGCUACACACUCAGAGCACAGCCUUCCUUCUGCCCCUCCCUUGGGAUCUGGUGGGUGGGAACCAUUGACCGCUCAGAGGAUGGGAAGAGUUGUAGGCAGGUACCAUUCUUGGAGCGUGCCACGUAAGGCAUAUUACUAAGGUAUCCUUCCAGAGAAAUUAACCAUUCAGGUUGAAGCUGGUGUGACAGUGUGAGCCUGGAACGCUGCAGACCAGACAUUGGUGUCUCAACAGGCAGGCCUGGGUGCUCCUGGCAUCUUGGGGCUGACCCCCAAGAUGCCACUCAGCACCCUCUCUGCACAGGGUGGACCCCUGGACCUCCUGUGCUCAGACUUGCCCCAGGUGCCUUGUCACUUCCACUCAGGAUUAGGGAGGAAUAGAGGGAGGAGGGGGAGGAGGGGCUGUGACUGUCAUCCCAGUGUGCCAGCCUGGUCCAGCAGGUCGCUCUGAAGAGAGAGCUUCAGGGCCGCGAGCAGAGUGGGCGCACACUCAUCCCUCAGCACACGUCUGCCACGGCUGCAUCCGGGGCUCUGACAGCCAUGUGGCUCUGAGCUGUUCGCCCAGGUGUCCACGCCCUUGACACACUGAGAAAGAAACAGGACAAGAGCAUAGCCACUGUGGGUUCCACCAGAUUCCCAGCAGACCUCAAGAGGCCGUGUGUCGUUGCUUAAGUGAGAUCCACUUGUGUCUCCGUGUCCGGAGCUCUGUCAUGUCCUUGUGGGUGUCUCCCAUGGUUCUCGUCCUGUGGGGCUUGAUCUUCGAGGCAUGAAGGUCCUACCAUAACUCCCUAGUGAUACAUGCUAUCUCGGAUCUCCUCAGUUCACCACCUGUCCCCCAAAAGGGAAGCCUCCCAGGCAGGAUUGUGGGCCCUGCAUGCUGUGUCAGGGCCACCUUUAGGUGAAAAGCACUGGGGUUCCUUAGAGAAACGGUCUCAUUUUAUCACAGUACCACACCUUCCCCACAGGCUCCUGCACUUUCUAGAAAGAAAAACACACAUGCUGGUGUGUUCUUUCUCUUGCUUUUAAAUCGUAUUUUUUCCAGUGGAGAUGGGAAGAUAGAUUUAGUUUAUUUGCUGUUUUUAAGUACGUUUUGGUUAUAAAGUGUAGCAAAAAUCCCAUAUACACUAAAAACCAUGCACUACAUCUGGCUUUCUAUGUCAGAUAACAAGGGUGCCCAACCAGGAAGUGAAGGUUACAUGCAGAGAGCAUCUGAAACCACAGGGGUUGCUCCUGCUUAGACUUGACCUAGGCCCAGAAAGGAGGGAGAGCCAGGAAGCACCCUGUGUCGAGGAGGCAGCACGGGGCAUGCACCGCCUUGCCCUGCACCCAGGAUAUGGUAGCUCAAACAGCCCAUCUGUGACCUGAGAAAAAGGAAACAAAUACUGAUUGAAGACACUAAGCUCUUUGAGCCUCUUCCCAGAGGUCCCCAUGACGGUAGCUCAUGCCCAGGACCUAAAUGUCACAGACUCAGCAGAAAGCUUGACACAACAAGACCCUGAUGGAAAUGUCCUGGAUACUUCAGCAGGUAAAGAACAGGAGCUUCAGCUGGGCUUGGUAGUGCAUGCCUUUAAUCCCAGUACUUUGGAGGCAGAGGCAGGCGGAUUUCUGAGUUCGAGGCCAGCCUG